ACAGGGAGUGGUGCUUUUGUAGCUAAGGUUACUGCUUGCAUUCCUUGACGCCUGUAGCCCUUAUAAAAAGCUGUUUGUCGUUUUUUGAUGGGUUGCAGUACUUCCAAUAUGGCCGCAGAGAAAACUAUCGAUCCUUUCUUCGAUCUCAUCUUGGACGAGGACCUGAAAGAAAAUCGAUGGCCUCAGAAGAUUACGGAAUACAAGGCUCAGGGGGGGAAGACAAGCUUGAUGUGUCAAGCAAUCACAAAGGAAAUCUUUGAGAAGCUUAAAGAUCGCAAAACUGCCUCCGGCGGUUGGACCAUUGCCCGGGCUAUCAACACUGGCACGAUGUAUCCUACUUCUUUUGUUGGCUGUCAUGCUGGGGAUAUGGAGUCCUACACUCUCUACAAGGAGCUUUUUCAUCCCGUCAUUGAGGCCUAUCAUAUCGGCUACAAAAUGGACGGCUCCAUGAAACAUGUCACCGAUAUGGAUGUCGAGAAAAUCACCGAAGAUCUGACGGCCUCUGCAAAAGCAAAGAUUAUCUCCACUCGAAUCCGAGUUGCUAGAAAUCUCUCUUUUUAUCCACUCAACCCUGCUGGCACUCGAGCCACUCGCGAAGAGAUUGCUGAGCACAUGGAAAAGGUGUUUUCAAGACUACCCGAGGACCUCAAAGGAGAUUUCUUCCGUCACACGACAAUGUCCGAUGCCCAACGUCAACAGUUAAUCGACGACCACUUUCUAUUCCGUGGCAAGGAUAAAAUGCAAGCUGCCAGCGGCUACCAUCAGGACUGGCCUCAUGGACGAGGAAUCUUUGUUUCCAAGGACAAAAAAUUCCUCUUGUGGAUUAACGAAGGCGACCAUCUUCGAAUCAUCUCGAUGGAGCAAGGAGGUGACGUACGCUCUGUCUUUUCAAGACUCUCCAGUGGAAUCAAAGCGAUCGAGAAUGGCCUGAAGGAGGCGACUGGUCGAGAUGAGGUCUUCAUGAAGGAUCCUUACCUUGGAAUGGUGACCUGCUGCCCCACCAACAUCGGAACGGGAAUGAGAGGAUCUGUGCAUAUCCUUGUACCCAAAUUGAUCAAAGCAUGGGGAUUCGAGAAACUCGAUACCUUGGCUCGUACGAGGAACUGCCAAGUGCGAGGAUCGACUGGCGAGCACUCAGAGGUGAUCGACAGAAUCGAUGUGUCCAACUGGCGUCGUCUUGGGUUCUCUGAGAGCACUCUGGUACAAGACAUGAUCCGAUUUGCCAACUACAUUUCCGAGGAAGAAGACAAGCUGUAGAACUCCCCUAGAAACUGACUGAACUGUAGACUUUUCUGUGUAGAUCUAGUUAGGUUUAUAAUUCUAGUUUUAUACAUCUCAUGUUAUUAUUUUUAUCCAAA